AGUUGCUCUGUGAGUUGAGUCAUCUAUUGACAAAGAGCUACCAGCCCGCAGAUAAUGCUGUGCAGAGCUGCUCUCGCUGCUCCCUCUGCUCCCACGAUGAACCGCUUAUAGCAGCUGUCAAAGAUACUGAGGCAUCCACAGGGAAAAAAGACUUUUACAACUGCCUGGAAGAAAGGGGUGUGAGGGAGAAAGCCUUUCUAUGCAGAGCUGACCAAAGAAAAGGGUAGGCAUCAGUGCAGUAUGAAUGCAUACCUCACCAAGCAACCCAGCUGCAGCCGGGGGUCCGAUGGCAUGGAAUCCGGCAGGAGUGCGCCCACCCUCAUCAGGGAUGCCCACUGUGCCUGUGGCUGGCAGAGGAAUGCUCAGGGGCUCGGGUACAGUUCUCAAACUAUGCCCUCCUCAGGACCUGGGGGCUCGGCUUCAAACAGGACCAAGUUGGUCACCUUGUGGGACAGUGUACGGAAAAGCCCCCACAAGACCAGCACCAAGGGCAAGGGGAAUUGUGGGGAGCGUUGUGCCUGCCCACAUGGUUGGUUCAGCCCUGCACAGGCUAGCCCUGCUCCUAUAAUUGUCAACACAGAUACUUUGGACACUAUUCCUUAUGUCAAUGGAACAGAAAUUGAAUAUGAAUUUGAAGAAAUUACAUUGGAGAGGGGAAAUUCAGGCCUGGGAUUCAGUAUUGCUGGAGGGACAGAUAAUCCCCACAUUGGAGAUGACCCUGGCAUAUUUAUUACGAAGAUUAUUCCAGGAGGUGCUGCGGCAGAGGAUGGCAGACUCAGGGUCAAUGACUGUAUCUUGCGGGUGAACGAAGUUGAUGUGUCAGAGGUUUCCCACAGUAAAGCAGUGGAGGCCCUAAAAGAAGCAGGGUCUAUUGUGCGGCUGUAUGUGCGUAGAAGACGACCCAUUUUGGAGACUGUCGUGGAAAUCAAGCUUUUCAAAGGGCCGAAAGGUUUAGGCUUCAGUAUUGCUGGAGGCGUGGGGAACCAGCACAUUCCUGGAGACAACAGCAUUUAUGUAACCAAAAUUAUAGAUGGUGGAGCUGCACAGAAGGAUGGAAGGUUGCAAGUAGGAGACAGACUACUAAUGGUAAAUAACUACAGUUUAGAAGAAGUUACCCAUGAAGAGGCUGUAGCGAUAUUGAAGAACACAUCCGAUGUCGUUUAUCUAAAAGUUGGCAAACCCACCACGAUUUAUAUGACUGAUCCUUAUGGCCCACCUGAUAUUACUCACUCUUAUUCUCCACCGAUGGAAAAUCAUCUGCUGUCUGGUAACAAUGGCACGUUAGAAUACAAAACUUCCCUGCCGCCCAUCUCUCCAGGAAGGUACUCACCAAUUCCAAAGCACAUGCUGGUUGAAGAUGACUACACCAGGCCUCCGGAACCUGUUUACAGCACUGUGAACAAACUAUGUGAUAAGCCUGCUUCUCCCAGGCACUAUUCCCCUGUUGAGUGUGACAAAAGCUUCCUCCUCUCAGCUCCCUACCCCCACUACCACCUAGGCCUGCUCCCUGACUCUGACAUGACCAGUCAUUCCCAGCACAGCACUACGACUCGUCAGCCUUCAGUGACUCUCCAACGGGCCAUCUCCCUGGAAGGGGAGCCCCGCAAGGUAGUCCUUCACAAAGGCUCCACUGGCCUGGGCUUCAACAUUGUGGGCGGGGAAGAUGGAGAAGGUAUUUUUGUAUCCUUCAUUCUGGCCGGUGGACCAGCAGACCUGAGUGGGGAGCUCCAGAGAGGAGACCAGAUCUUAUCGGUGAAUGGCAUCGAUCUCCGUGGAGCCUCUCAUGAGCAGGCAGCUGCAGCACUGAAGGGGGCUGGGCAGACGGUGACAAUCAUAGCACAAUAUCAACCUGAAGAUUACGCCCGAUUUGAGGCCAAAAUCCAUGACCUACGAGAGCAGAUGAUGAACCACAGCAUGAGCUCCGGGUCCGGGUCCCUUCGAACCAAUCAGAAACGCUCCCUGUAUGUCAGAGCCAUGUUUGACUAUGACAAGAGCAAAGACAGUGGGCUGCCUAGCCAAGGACUUAGUUUUAAAUAUGGAGACAUUCUCCAUGUUAUCAACGCCUCUGAUGAUGAGUGGUGGCAAGCCAGAAGGGUCAUACUAGAUGGGGACAGUGAGGAGAUGGGCGUCAUUCCCAGCAAGCGAAGGGUGGAAAGAAAGGAGCGUGCCCGAUUGAAGACAGUGAAGUUCAAUGCAAAACCUGGUGUGAUUGAUUCGAAAGGGUCAUUCAAUGACAAGCGUAAAAAGAGCUUCAUCUUUUCACGAAAAUUCCCAUUCUACAAGAACAAGGAGCAGAGUGAGCAGGAAACCAGUGAUCCUGAACGAGGACAAGAAGAUCUCAUUCUUUCCUACGAGCCCGUCACAAGGCAGGAAAUAAACUACACCCGGCCAGUGAUUAUCCUGGGCCCUAUGAAGGAUCGAAUCAAUGAUGACUUGAUAUCUGAAUUUCCUGAUAAAUUUGGCUCCUGUGUGCCUCAUACUACGAGGCCAAAGCGUGACUAUGAAGUUGACGGCAGAGACUAUCACUUUGUCAUUUCUAGAGAACAAAUGGAGAAAGAUAUCCAAGAGCACAAAUUUAUAGAAGCUGGCCAGUACAAUGACAAUUUAUAUGGAACCAGUGUGCAGUCUGUGAGAUUUGUAGCAGAAAGGGGCAAACACUGUAUACUUGAUGUAUCGGGAAAUGCUAUUAAGCGGUUACAAGUCGCCCAGCUCUAUCCCAUCGCCAUCUUCAUAAAGCCCAAGUCUCUGGAACCUCUGAUGGAGAUGAAUAAGCGUCUAACAGAGGAGCAAGCCAAGAAAACCUACGACCGGGCAAUUAAGCUAGAACAAGAAUUUGGAGAAUAUUUUACAGCUAUUGUUCAAGGAGACACCUUAGAAGAUAUAUAUAACCAAUGCAAGCUUGUUAUUGAAGAGCAGUCUGGGCCUUUCAUCUGGAUUCCCUCAAAGGAAAAGUUAUAAAUUAGCUACUGCACCUCUGACAACGACAGAAGAGCAUUUAGAAGAACAAAAUAUAUAUAAUAUAAUACUUGGAGGCUUUUAUGUUUCUGUUGCAUUUAUGUUUUUGCAGUCAAUGUGAAUCCUUAUGAAUGUACAACACAAACUGUGUGAAGCCAUGAAGGAGACAGAGGGGCCAAAGGGUGGGACGGAAAAGACAUUGCAGUAUGCAGGAAGGCUUUGGUUUGCUCAAAGUACCAGGUGUAGGGAUGAACCUCUGAAGAGCUCUCUGCCCUAGAGAUGGGCAGCCUUCUCACCCCAGCAGAUGUCCAGAGCUGAUUUAGCUGCUGAGCUCUCUGUGUUUUUUGCUUUAAGAAAAGUUGCCAGCACUCAAACCUCACGAACCUUCCCCUUCCCCACCUCUGUAAUUGGUACACUUGGAAUUUUGUAACUAUGCACAUCCUUUGAUUUCUUAACAAGCAAAGGAAAUAAGGAAACCAGAAAAGAGUCACUCUGGAGACGGCAUACUAUCAGGGGAGGAUGAUUGCUUAGUUUCCUUGGCUGGCAUGUGCAAAGACAAGUGUGCUGUAAAAUUGAUGACUUGUGUGGACGACUAACCUUACUGAGGAGGGGAUUCCACCUGGACUAGCUUUAUGAUUGUCGAUUGUCUAUUUUGCCAUUUAUAAACUGAAAGAAGGCACUAAAGAUGAGAAUAAUUUAUACAAUAAAAUAUGUUAAAUGUAUAGAAAUGAAUUUCUAUAGGUUAAAA